CCGCCUGCCCGGUACGCGCCCAGCCCUCCCCGCAGCCCCGCACAACGCUGAGUGGCAGAGUCGCCGGACGGGACAGGACGGGUCGGGCUGGGCGCGUCCCCCGGGCCCCGCCGCCGGCAUGGGCGCGCUGGCCCGGGCGCUGCUGCUGCCGUUGCUGGCCCAGUGGCUCCUGCGCGCCGCCCCGGCGCUGGCUGCGGCGCCCUUCACACUGCCCCUCCGGGUGGCCUCAGCCUCUAGCCGCGGGGCUGCGCCCACCCCCGGGCCCGGGCCCCCCGCGGAGCCCCACGCUGACGGUCUGGCGUUCGCCCUGGAGCCCUCCAGGGCCGCGGCCAACUUCUUGGCCAUGGUAGACAACCUGCAGGGCGACUCUGGCCGCGGCUACUACCUGGAGGUGCUGAUCGGGACCCCCCCGCAGAAGCUGCAGAUUCUCGUUGACACCGGAAGCAGCAACUUCGCCGUGGCUGGCGCCCCGCAUUCCUACAUAGACUCGUACUUUGACACGAAGAGGUCCAGCACGUACCGUCCCAAGGGCUUCGAUGUCACCGUGAAGUACACACAAGGGAGCUGGACCGGCUUGGUGGGGGAGGACUUGGUCACCAUCCCAAAAGGCUUCAACAGUUCUUUCCUUGUCAACAUCGCCACUAUCUUUGAAUCAGAGAAUUUCUUUCUGCCUGGGAUUCAGUGGAACGGGAUACUUGGACUAGCCUACGCUGCCCUGGCCAAGCCAUCAAGUUCUCUGGAGACGUUUUUCGAUUCCCUGGUGACGCAAGCCGGGAUCCCCAACAUUUUCUCCAUGCAGAUGUGUGGGGCGGGGUUGCCGGUGGCCGGAUCUGGUACCAACGGAGGUAGUCUUGUCCUGGGUGGAAUUGAACCAAGUUUGUACAAAGGAGACAUCUGGUAUACCCCGAUUAAGGAGGAGUGGUAUUAUCAGAUAGAAAUUCUGAAAUUGGAAAUCGGAGGCCAGAGCCUCAAUCUGGACUGCAGAGAGUACAACGCGGACAAGGCCAUCGUGGACAGCGGCACCACUCUGCUGCGCCUGCCCAGGAAGGUGUUCGACGCCGUGGUCGACGCCGUGGCCCACACGUCUCUGAUUCCAGAAUUCUCUGACGGCUUCUGGACUGGAUCGCAGCUGGCGUGCUGGACGAAUUCCGAAACGCCGUGGUCAUACUUCCCUAAAAUCUCCAUCUACCUGAGAGAGGAGAACUCCAGCAGGUCCUUCCGCAUCACCAUCCUGCCGCAGCUCUACAUUCAGCCCAUGAUGGGGGCUGGCCCGAAUUACGAAUGCUACCGAUUUGGCAUUUCACCUUCCACGAAUGCGCUGGUGAUUGGUGCUACCGUGAUGGAGGGCUUCUACGUGGUCUUCGACAGAGCCCGCAAGAGGGUGGGCUUUGCCGCGAGCCCCUGUGCAGCAAUUGCAGGGACUCCGGUGUCUGAAAUUUCUGGGCCUUUCUCCACAGACGACAUAGCCAGCAACUGCGUGCCCACUCUGCCUUUGAACGAGCCCAUCUUGUGGAUCGUCUCGUACACGCUCAUGAGUGUGUGUGGAAUCAUCCUCCUUACCUUAAUCAUCCUGCUCCUGCUCCCGUUCCGGUGUCGGCACGCGCCCCCGGACCCGGAGGUUGUCAACGAUGAGUCCUCGCUCGUGCGGCACCGCUGGAAGUGAAGCGCGGGGCCGGGCCCGCCGCUGGGCUCAGCUCUCGAGAAGGAGGUGCUGCGGGCCACGCAGGGCUUGCCAGGCCUGGGCUCCUCCUCUGUCCGUCAGUCUUAAAUCUCUUCUGCUUCCGGAUGCCUUCCACAUUCACUGUACUUUGAUUCUUGAUUUCUUAGCUUCCUCCUUCCAAGAGCAAUGAUAAUAAAAAACACCUCAUUCUAAACCAAAACAGUGCAUUGGGCUUCAGGCUCCACGUGGCUGGUGUUGCAACCCGUCCUGAGCGGCCUCGGAAGGAAAAGCGAGCCGGGGCCAGCGUGCCCCACUCGCGCCCCUGGAGAAGUGGGUGCGUGGCGUGAUCACCCUGCCCGGCCGCUGGCAAGCUUUCUGUGCUCAUUGCACGUAGGGUCUUUUGCACAGGCGCUGACCAGGGUCCGAGAGGUCCGUGAAGGCUCGUGAUGCGAUGGCAGGAGAAGCAGCCUGGGGCCUGACGGUAGCACCUUCCGCCCCUUCUGAGUCAGAGACAGCUGCAGCCCCCUCUUUGGGUCUUUCUGUGCGCUGAAUGGAGGUCAUCACCCAGUGGUCCUCACCAGCCUCUUCUGAAGAUGGAAGGCCUUUGCCAUCACGCCGAGUGAGGAGGAAGCCUGCUCUUUUGUACUCGACGCUUCCAUAGUAUUGUUGGUAUAAAGGUAAACAAACAAACAAA